AUUAUGGUGUGACGGGUUCUUGAUUACGUGUGUUAUGACCAAACGCCGAAUGGUGUCUGUAAGAAGUUCACUGAGUGAAUCGAUGGCACGCUUGCUGAUUUGUCACACCCGCAAGAUCACGUACAACGUCGAGAUAUGGUCAUGACUUGUUGACACCAUCAUGCUGCCCGGGGUCGGUGUCUUCGGCACGGGCAAGCUGCUGGAGGCAGUGGUGCCCCACCUGCGCUCCCUGGGCUUCCGCGUGGUGGCGCUGUGGGGCCAGACUUUAGAAGAUGCCGGCAAUGUGGCAGGCUCGCUGCACAUCGACUACUUCACCAGCCGGAUCGAUGACGUGCUGCUGCACAAGGACGUGGACCUGGUGCUGGUCCUCUCGCCGCCCAGCCUGCAGUCGCAGAUCGCCGUCAAGGCCAUGGGCAUCGGCAAGCACGUAGUGUGCGACCGGCCGGCUGGCCUCUGCCAGUCAGAGCUGCUCAAGAUGGUGCUGGCGGCGCAGUACUACCCGUCGCUGCUCUCCGUGGUCGGCUACGGUUUACGCUACCUGCCGGCCGUGCGCCAGCUGCGCCAGGCCGUGCGCGACGGCUAUGUGGGCGACGUGCGCCUGGUGGAGGUGCGCGUCACGUGCGGCAGCUUGCUGGAGGGCGCUGGCUACAGCUGGCUCUGCGAGCCGGCCAUGGGUGGCGGCCUGCUCUCGCUGAUCGGCAGCGGCGUGGUCGACCUGGUCAGCCACGUGAUCGGGCAGCGGGCGCGCCGCGUGCACGGCACGCUGCGCACGUACACGCGCCAGACGCGCCUGAUCGCCGGCAUCCGGCACGUGGGCAGCGACGACUUCUGCACCUUCCAGAUGGAGAUGGACGGCGGCGCGCUGGUGACGGUGUCGCUGAACGCGCACCUCUCGGGCCUGCAGCAGGAGGUGGUUGUCUGCGGCGACUGGGGCCACCUGACGGUGCGCGGCGCCGACCUGCUCGGCUUCCGCGCCGGCCAGCACGAGACGCUGCACCGGGCGGCGCCGGGCGAGGCGGCGGCGCCGCCGCUGCCCGAGGCCGGGCCGCAGCCGGCGCUGCACGCCGCCGGUCUGCUGCGCCUGCUGGCGGCCGUGGCGCACUCCUUCGCCGACGGAGAGCCGCUCACCGACGCCGCCUCGUUCCAGGACGGCCAGUACGUGGCCGCCGUGCUGGAGGCGGUGCGCGUCUCGGCCGCCACGCAGGCCUGGACCCAGGUGAAUAUCCGCUCCCGGAUGCUCGAGACCAACUACCUGGGUAUGGCGCUGAAGGCGGCCGACGCGUAGCCCGCGCUGGCCGCCGCGGCUCCCCGCAGCACGUCCCGGCUGGGUGUCCGCCCACAGCCUCCCCCUGCGCAUGCCCCGGCGUGUCCGCGGAGGUCGCCUACAUUCCCACAGCAGAUCUCCGCAGCCGCCCCGCAGCUGAUCUCCUCGGGACCCCGGUGGCGCCUUGUCCGGUCGUCUCCUCAGUCUCGGAUUCCCGGCCGCCGUGCCCUCCCUCGAGGCUCUCUCCUCGUCCGCGCUGGUCCGGAUGGCCGGUCGUCGCCAUGCGCCACGAACCUGUCACGGCCCACCCUCUAGCCACAGUCAGCACUAGCCGCGUGGUGCUGGAGAGCGGCGGCGUGGUUUCCAUACGUCUGAGUUGUCUCUUGCGUUCUGCCAUUGAGGCUAGUAGGUUUGUUUACUCUCUGAUACACACCAGGACGGUGUAGCGGUGUAGUCAUGAAAUCACCUCGUAGCCUGGCUAGCCAACCCUCGGACUGGUUUCGCAUUUGGACCAAGGUCCCGUAGUUUUCUUUGAGAAACAUUGUCGUUUCGGCAUUUAGUGACAUUCAUUUUCACCUUCUGUCGCCCAUCUCUCGAUUUUUUGUCGAGAUUUAAGCUCGCUUUAAUUUUUAAAGUAUGACUUCAAGCGUUUUUGUUUUGUUUGUUUGGUUUUUGUUUUGUUUUCUGGUAGCUAUUUCGUGUAAGUCCAAUCUGCUGUCAGAGCGGCUACAAAGUUCUGCGGUGACGGCCUCAAUCCAGGAUUGGAUUUUGUUUGAGUAGCCCGUAUACGUUGGCCUCUGGUCCCAGGCGUAUGUUACGUUGGUUCUCGCUGGUCCCAGGCGUAUGUUACGUUGGUUCUCGCUGGUCCCAGGUGUAUGUUUGGUUGGUUCUCGCUGGUCCCAGGCGUAUGUUAGGUUGGUUCUCGCUGGACCCAGGCGUAUGUGAGGUUGGUUCUCGCUGGACCCAGGCGUAUGUUAGGUUGGUUCUCGCUGGGCCGUCUGCCCGGUCCCCUGCCGGUGUCCAGCCCCUUCGGAGUUGUGACGCCUCGCGGUGCGUGUUGCCGUACUGAUCCGGUCGUGGUCGCCCUGUCAGGGACCGUUUCGAUGCGAGCGGCGCCAAAUGAUAGUUGGUCCGGGUAUUCUCCAACGGCAAUAUCCGCGAAGAUCUGGCGUCUCAUGAUUGACACUGCCUUUAUGGCGGUUUGAUUGGGGUUAUUCCAGUGAGUCAAGCCGGACGCGCGUCUGGACCAGGUCAUUCCCAUAUAACGUGACAUCUAUGGAAAUAUUUUUGACCUCUUGAUAAAUGGCCAUAGUCUAAGCCGCACACCGCCUGUUUCGUCCGUCCGUCCUUGACGUUGUGAAAACAAGAUGCGUGCUAGAUUCGAACGGAUGUUGAUAGUAAUUGCCGUCCAUUGUUUUUGUAUUAUGUCCAUGCGUCUUCCCCGCUAUCACAUUAUGUUCCGUUUACCGGCGGUGGCUGGAGUGAGCCGGCGGUUUUUUGACGGAGCGAGAUAGAAAUCUCCGUUUCGGUAUCCGAGGUUGGUGAGAACAGAAAGCAGUGUGGAGAAUGAUAGUUGAUACAAUUUUAGACGUACUGGCACAUUUAAAAAGGUACACACAUGUAGAGAACGAAGUUUUCUGUACAUGCACUUGACAUACACAUUUACAUACACUGUACAAUUACUUGCUAUGGUAAGGACAUGCUCGAAUUCCCAGAAUGUGUUACCUCAGCUUAAACCAAUCACAGACAUCAGGUCACCCCAUUGCCGCAGAGCAUCGCCACAUACCAUUAUAUGGACGUAAGCGCAGCACAUCCUUGAACUUAAGCUCACGCCACAUAAUUCCGAAUGUGCUGAGAUAUGAAUCUUCCCCGAUCUGAGCUCAGACUUCACAGACCAAUUGGAGCAUAAUGUGCGUGGCUGAAUGCAUACCAGCGCCCGUUCGCGUUGUUGGAUAGGACGGGCGCUCCCUUGCCAACGGUGUCUUAUGAUGUCCUUGCCGAGUGGGCUUGCGUGAGCAUCUGGGUUCCAGAUUUCUUCGUGACUGAUGGAAGACGCAUUUCCUUGCUCUUCUAAUCAGGAAAUCUGGUGAGGGGUUGGUGUAGGGUGAUCUUUCCCUUGGUGAAGUGUGUCUAGAUUUGGAUGUCCUAGAGAACAACGCGUCCAAUCCAUUCUAAUAAUUAACAGGCCAAUGUGUGAGCUGAUGCACAGGCAGGCUUUGUCAUCGGCUCGAUGAAUUCGAAUCCAGAUCUUACCUCUUGUAUGGACCAAGUCAAUGUAUGUUUCAGUGGUUCUCACGGAGGGAACUGCCGUAGGUUAAAAUGUGCAGAACGAGGCGAGGAGAGACAGGACACUUGAUGAUGUGGUGCGAGGCGGCAGAGCUGCCGGUACCUUCCCCGCGGCUGAGGCGGCUGACUGCUGGCCGCCGUCUGUCACGUCUCCGUCCGCCACGUUUUACCUACAGGACAUCCGCCCUUUAGGAGCAUUGGCGUUUUUACACGCACUGUGAUCAGUUGUUAUGCACGCGUGCACUCGGUUGCUUCGUAUUAGUAUUUACCUUGCGCGUGCUUUUCUCCUGGCAGGCUUUGCGUAGCUGUCGGAGCGGCUUUAGUUUACGUUAACAUGCUACCUGAAAGCUUUAACAAUACCAUCGUUUUGUGCACUAGUCUUAGACUCGCGCUCCAAGUGUCGUUUGCUUCGUUACGCUGCUUCCCUUGUUCUCUCACUCGCACGUUUAUGCCAUAAUGCGUGCAGGCUGUAUGCGCCGAGCGUUGUGUCUGUCUAGGCAUGACCUGACAACAAUAUUGGCAUAGCUUCAGUACCCAUAUAUCAGGACCUGGUUGACUGCGAUCAAGAUCACGAGCUGGGGGUCACGUACAACAAGUUGGCAUACCUCAUCGCAUCAUCCAUCCGCAGCCCGUGUUUGGGACUUGGCUUGGCUGAAGCGUUGCGCCUAACCGAACUCCGGCAAAGUUCACGCCAAUCAGACAGUGCUUCCGAAACGGGAGCUCGGCGAGGGAUCAUGAGGGGCGAGGUGCAGUCCGUUGCAGGCCGUGCACGUGGUCAUGCAGCUGCCACAGCCCGCGCGAUCGCAACGCUUCAGUUCGAUACCCAUGCCUUUCGGGCCCAUAAUGCAAUGAACUUGCCAAUGUGACUUGAGUGUUUGAGCUACAUGUCAGCGGCGGAUCCAGCCGUUGUUUGUGCCUGUUCACUGCUAUUCGUAUAAUAUCUCGAUAGCUCCUCACUCUUCUUCACUACACUUUCACUGUGUUCUUCUCUUUCAGGUCAGUCUCUCUCAAAUCUGGUAGAUCACGCUCGUCCUUGUCGCAUCUGUGCUGUUCGUUGUGCGAACUCUGUUGUGAAAUACACUGUA